CGACUGUCUGCUGCAAAGUUGCUGCAAAUUUCCGUUUUUAAUGAAUUAUUUUGUUUGAGUUCUAACUAUGCAUGAAUAAAAGACAAAGAUGACUAUAUCCAAUCAGUUGGUUGUGCCUAUUACCCUAUGGGGUAAUAGAGCUCCUACUCAUUGUAUUUCAGCCAUAUUUCUAACAAAAGAUGAGAAAACAAUUGUGACUGGCUGCAAUGACGGGCGCAUUUGUGUCUGGGAUGUGAAAGAUCACCUUAAGAUUGUUCCCCGCUGUUUAUUAUUUGGACAUACUGCACCAGUUCUUUGCCUUACAAAUGGUAGCAUAGCCCGUGACAGGGAGAGCACACUUCUUGUGAGUUCAUCAGAAGCUGGAGAAAUGUCUCUAUGGGCUUUGACUGAUGGUCGUUGCCUGGAAAGUCAAAAACUCCCAUUUAUUCACACAUCUAUUCAUUCCUACCAAAUGCAUGGAACAAACGAUGUGAGGCUGUUUUGCAAUGGCUAUUAUGCUGAAAUAUUAGUGAUGGAGGUUCUUACAUUAACUGUUCUAUUCACACUUUCAUCCAGAGUUAGUCCGAAUUGGAUCAGUGCUAUGCAUAUACUUCGUCCCGUUAAAAGUCAAGAUGAUGUCAUUGUUGGUCUCACUGCUGGUGGCAUGGUAAAAAUCUGGACAUUGAACGGGAAUGAAGCCAAAAAUGAACCUGUUUAUGAAGAUGAAUCAAAACCAAUUCGAUGUUUGAAUGCUUUAAAAUUGACUUGCUGCAUCUAUAAUCAGAGAACAGUUCUCAUAAUUUGUACAAAGUAUUGGCAGAUUUAUGAUGCUGGAGAUUUCUCAUUGUUGUGUUCUACAAACAACCCUCAAAAUGAACGCUGGUUGGGUGGUGAUUUCUUGUCAGCCGAUCGUGUUUUAAUUUGGAGUGAUUGUGGGAAAGGUUUUCUUUAUAAGCUUCCUAAGAAUUGCAAUGCUGAGAGUAAGGAUUUCCAUUCGCAGUCAAAAAGUAUUGAUCAUUCAGUUUUGUAUUGCACUUUAAUUGUGCCUGAUGAUAAGCGACUACUUUGCCCUCCUGUGAUGUGCUUCACUCCAAUAACACGUAAUUCUGCAGAAAAAAUACUCUUAAGAGGGGAUUCCAGUGGAAGAGUUCUGUUCUGGUAUGUCCCAGAUGUUCCAGAUAAUGAAAUUGAAAAAGUGGCAAAAACAGGAAAGCCUCUUGAGUAUUCCCCUAAACUAUCACUGAGUUUGCAAGAAGCAUGGGAUUCUAUGCAUCCACCGCCUGCUGGAAUAUUAGAUCAAAUGUACCAUGCUCCUGAUGCUGCUCAUUUGAAGCUCACUGCAAGUGUAUACCUGCCUCUUCAAGGUCGCUUAGUUUGUGGGAGAGAAGAUGGGUCAAUCCUAAUUAUCUCUGCCACUCAAACAGUUCUGUUACAGUUAUUGUAUGGAAAGCAUCAGACAUAUGAAGAUUGGCCUCCACACCAGUUACUUCAUGGACAUAAUGGAAGAGUAAACUGUCUGCUUUAUCCCCAUUUGAUUCAUAACAGAUAUGACAUUGCGCAUUUGCUUUCUGGCGGAGUUGAUUUUUCUGUUUGCCUAUGGGAUAUCUACACUGGAACUCUUUUGUAUCGGUUCUGUAUUCACGCAGGAGAAAUUACGCAGUUGCUUGUUCCACCAGUAAAUUGCAAUAAUCGUGUUCUACAGUCUAUUUGCUCUGUUGCCAGCGAUCAUUCAGUUGCUCUGCUUGCUUUGAAAGAUAAGAAAUGCAUAAUGCUAGCUAGUAGACAUUUAUUUCCUAUUCAAGUGAUAAAAUGGCGCCCAUUAGAUGAUUUUAUGGUUGUAGGCUGUGCUGAUGGCUCAGUAUACGUCUGGGAAAUGGAAACAGGUCAUCUGGACAGGUAUGUUCAGGGUCUAUCUGCUGAAGAAAUCUUGAGUGCAUGUGAUGAAAAUGUCGUUAGUUCUGGUGAUCGAAUGACAAAUCCUGCUAUUCACUUUUUCCGUGGCUUACGGCAUCGGAAUUUAGCUGCGAUUCGGAAUGCUGCUCAGUGGGGUUUUAAUCAGUUACAUCAACCUCAUUCUCAUGAGUCUUCUCAACAUACUGGUGAUGGAAGUGAAAUGCAGAGGUCAAGAGCUCAACCACUGAUUAUUCAGGGGCUUCGCACUAAUCCUAAAGAUCAAGAUAGCCAUGUUUUGUUUUUUGAUAUUGAAGCCUUAGUAGUCCAACUUUUGACUGAAGAAUAUUCAUCAUUAUCUCCUGGGCAACUUGAAAUUCAAGGUCUUAUUAAUGUGUCAGAACACCAAAAGUAUUUAGCUCUUUCCAGUUCUCCUGAAGCUCAAAGGAAAUUCUCAGGUCUUAUCGCCAAAGUCAAAGACACUGCUGAGAAUGCAGCUCAAAAAAUCCAAGCUAAGGCUGAAAGUGUUGGCUUCAAAACUACUUCUGGAGAAAUAACUAUUCGUCGCAAGGAUUCUGGUGGCAGCUCCGGAAGUGCCGAAGCUCCGGGAAGAAAGGGGAAACAGAUGAAUCUGGCUGAGACGAAUUUGACAAUGGAAAUUGCCCAGCUUUUGCUUUCAAUUCUUCAUGCUUGGGGCCUUGAUUCCGAGUUGGAUCGUGUAUGUGAAAGUAAACUAGGUCUUUUAAGACCAAUGCGCCCAGUAUGUUUUGGUUUACUAUCUCGUGGAGGGCACAUGUCAUUGAUUUUGCCCACCUAUCUUCAUACAAUAAAGCAAGAUGGAACUCCGAAGGUGGCUGCUGUAGAAGGCAAGCAUAUCAAACUAGUGCCUCCUGCUAUCCCACCAGAGUUAGUGGAGGAAGAGGAAAGAGCUCGAAUAUUUUCAUCAAAGGGUCACUGGGAAUUAUCUUUAGCCAUAACAACUACUCAUUUAUUAGCUAUAAUUGCCUUAGCCAAUACUUUGAUGUCUAUGAACAGUGCUACUUUUAUUCCUGAGCAAGAACGGAGACGGAAGCUGCACAGAAGACUUAGCCGAGCUGACAGUAGAGCUGUUAAUUCUCAGCCAACUUCGCCAGGAACACCAGGUAGUACAGAUGCUAAAAGCAAAGAUGAUGCAGUUCAAGCAAUGAUGGCAGCUGAAGCAGGAGCUUUUAGCAGUCAACAGGCUCAAAUUAAACAAGGUUGGAGCUUACUGGCUGCGCUCCACUGUGUUCUGCUGCCCGAUUUAGUCAAAUCACCUAAAUUUAAAUGUCCUCAAGUAGAAAUGUUAGCUCGGCGUUGGCAAGAUCGUUGUCUUGAAGUUAGGGAAGCUGCUCAGGCUCUUUUGUUAGCUGAGCUUCGAAGAAUAUCACCUAAAGGGAGGAAGCAACUGGUAGAAGAGUGGGCGCCAUACCUACCAAAUUAUGGUGAACCAUAUCCUAAGAAUCCUCAUGUUUCGAAUCAGCAUAAGCAGCCUGAUGCAAGCAGUGCACCCCCUGCUCCCGCUUCAACACCAAAUUCAGCUGGAAACACUGUGUCUAAUUCUUCUACUCAAAACGGGGAACAAGUGCAUAUAAAAGAUGAGGAACAUUCAUCUUCCGAAGAAGAAACUGAAGAUCAUAGUUUGGAAGAAGUUAGCUCAAGGAAACCUUCUAGUGUUGCAGAAGGCAAGCGAAAACAGACGACUGCAAUAGUUCUUCUGGGAGUUAUUGGAGCAGAGUAUGGUCAUGAAAUAGAAACUAGCAAAAAGAAAGCAGAGGAUCAAAAAAGACGAAGUGUUGUUGAUGGUUUUGGUCUAUCUAAUUAUUCAUUGGCAAGGCAUACAAGUCAAGCAUUGGCAUUUUUGCUUUUGGUUCCACCCUCUCCAUCUUUUCCAGCUCAUACUGCUUUGAGGCGUGCUGCCAUAGACUUAAUUGGCAGAGGGUUUACUGUUUGGCAACCGUACUUAGAUGUAUCCAAAAUUUUACUUGGCUUGUUAGAACUUUGUUGUGAUUCUGACAAACUUGUUCCUAGCAUGUCAUAUGGGUUGCCUCUGACUCCAGCUGCUGAUUCCUGUCGAACAGCUCGACAUGCUCUUUCAUUAAUUGCCCUUGCCCGACCUCCUGCAUUUAUUACUACUCUAGUAAAGGAAGUUGCACGGUACAAUACAUUAGCGCAGAACGCUCAAGCACUCAACAUUUCCAUGACUAUGACUGUGUUAAGCCGUUCCAAGCCUGAAAUUUUAAGAGUUGUUGAACUUCUCAUUGAUAAGAUGCAAACUGAUGUAUCAGACUUGCUGGUAGAGGUUAUGGACAUUGUGAUACAUUGCCUGGAUCACACACAGUUAAAAGCCAGAGGGUUGAAAGAAACUUUUCCUGCUAUAUGCCGAUUUUACAAUGUAACUUAUUGCAGUUCUACAAGACGUAUUGCAGUUGGUGCUAAAAGUGGUGGGUUAGCUAUAUAUGAACUGCGUGCUAAUAAGUGUCAAAAUAUAUCUGCUCAUGCUGCUGCCAUUAAUGCAUGUGCCUUUUCCCCUGAUGGAAAGUACUUAGCCUCAUAUUCAAAUCAAGAAAAUAAAUUAUGCUUUUGGCAGACUGCAACUGGCCUAUUUGGUCUAGGAAAUGCACAGACACGUUGCAUACGAACUUAUAAUACACCUUUGUUGAAUGAAGUUGUGAAAAAUAAUCCUUUGAAAAUGGCCAGGCUACAGUGGGCUGCUAACAAAGUUGUUAGCUUGAUCACUGAUGAUAAUUUGGAGUAUCGUUUCAGCGUGACUUGAGAGGAAACAUUUUUGAUUUUUGAAGAAAUAUUAAUUAUCUCAUAUUGUAAGCAGAGUUUAUUUGUUUAUUUAUUUAAUUUUAUAAUAUCACCAUAGAUACUGGAAGAAAUUGAUUAUUUUGUAUAAAGUGUAAGACUUAGUUUCCUAUUACGUGUAGAAGUGUGGAAUCAAAUAUAUGUAUU